AUGUAUUCAAGAUACAGAACGAUUAUUGAUGAAUGUCCAUUAAUAUUUGAUGAAGCAUAUGGUCUUACUCAAGCAGAUCAUUCUAUUGAAUUUUGUGAAUAUGAAAAAGAUUGUCGAUUUCUACUAUAUGAUUAUUUUAUCAAAAACCGUAAAUUAAAAGAAGUUUAUGCUCAACGUUUAAUACAAGCCGUUGCCGAUAAUCACGAUCCCAGAACAACAAAAUUAUUUGAUGAAAAUGAAAACAUAAUUAAUUAUCUUUGA